AUGUUUCAGGUAACCGUCAUAAUGAAACUUCUCGUGGUGUUCGCAAUGUGCGUGCUCGCCGCCAGCGCCAGUGUCGUGGAAAUGAUCAUGGAUGGGAACCUCGUUCCCAACCAGGACCUCGAGGAGAAACUGUACAACAGCAUCUUCACCGGCAAAUACGACAGCGCUGUCGCUCAGAGCUUAGAGCAUGAGAGGCAGAACAAGGGUUCCGUCAUCCAGAAUGUAGUCAACAACCUGAUCGUUGACAAAAGACAGAACACCAUAGAGUACUGCUACAAGCUCUGGGUCGGCAAAGGGCAGCACAUUCUCAGAAAGUACUUUCCUUUAAGCUUUCAACUCAGCAUGACCGGAGACUUCGUCAAACUUGUUUACAGAAAUUACAAGCUCGCUCUGAAGCUUAGCUGCUAUUACUAUUUAAAUAAUGAAAGAAUUGCAUACGGCGAUGGUAAGAACAAGGACCAGGACGUCAUCAGUUGGAAGUUCAUUACCUUGUGGGAGGACAACAGAGUGUACUUCAAGAUAUACAACACUAAGUACAACCAGUACUUGAAGAUGAGCUCGAAGAUUGACUGCAAUGCACGUGAUCGUAUCGCAAAAGGUUCCAACACAGCCGACAGCACCAGCGAGCAGUGGUUCCUCCAGCCCGCGAUGUGCGUGCUCGCCGCCAACACCAGUAUCGUGGAAAUGAUCAUGGAUGGGAACCUCGCUCCCAACCAGGACCUCGGGGAGAAACUGUACAACGGUUUCUCUGGUCAUUUCUGA